AUGACUGAUAUAGAUAUUAAUAUUGGAGCACCCAAUCAUUGGUGCUAUAAGGGUGAAGGUGCAUGUAAUAUUGUAUUAUCUUACGUUGGUACUGAUAUUACAAACAGAGCAGAGUAUUUUAACUCAUUAAAUUAUAUCAAUGUGGGAAAAGUUUUGAGACUUAGAAAGUUUGGUGUUGGUGGUGAUGAUGACUCUGAUUUAAAGAAUAAUAGUUUCUUAUUGAAUGUAAUGCUACCAUUAAUCGGUUCAAAAUAUGUAUAUCCAGGUGUUUUAUUUGUUUAUUUAUUAAUUUCAUGGUUCAAUAAUAAAUUACUACAGACUGUAAUUCAAUUGAAUAGAGAUUUCUUGUCACAGUUGGAUGAACAGAUUUAUAAUGAUAGACCAACGCAUCGUAGAAACAAUCGAUUGAAUAUCGAAUGUAAAAGAGGAUUGCUCAUUUUAGAUCUUACACUAUUGACCACUGGUGGUGUUGGUGGUACAUCGAUAUCGGUUGAAAUCAAACCGAAGUGUGGAUUCGUAACACAAUCGAAAUAUCAAAGUAGUAGCACCAAACCUAUUAAAUCACAUACCUGUCGUUAUUGUAUGCACCAAUAUUUAAAGCUUAAAGAUGGUUCAAUACAUAGUAUUAGCAAAUAUUGUCCUUUAGAUUUGUUUAGUGGUGCUGUAGAUAGACAAAAGAGAGCGAUACGAGCAUUGCUAGAAUGUCCACAGAAUAAUUUGAAGAUUUAUAAAGAUGGUUCGUUGUUUUAUACUGGUUCGCUUGGUGGCAAGUCUGUUCAUUCUUUGGAGUCGCUAUGUACGCUGCUUGACACUCCUGAAGAGACCAGUCAAUCUGUGGAGUCAACAAUCGAUCGUCUAACCAACUAUCUCGUUUCCAUCUUGCAGACUGAACACGCCGUAUUAGAUAAUCUCUUGACUGCACAGAGAUACGAUGAUCUAGAUAUUGAAGCUAUCUAUUAUCUAUAUCAAUUGCAAUUACAAAGACAACUUGAUAGACUAAUAAUACAACAAAAUUCAUCAUCUUCAAUUACAACAACAACAACAGAAAAAGAAGAAGUUCAAAAACAAAUAGAAUUGUUAGAUAAUCAAUUAAAACAAUUACAGUUGCAGCCAAAUUAUAAAGAUUUAGAAAGAUUUAGUGAUUUAAAUGCAAUGACCGAUCAAGAGAUAGAACAUUGUAUAGAUAGAUAUCUUAUAGCAACUACAGCAAAAGAUUGUUCAAUUAUGAUAACUUUUUCACCAAAGUCAUCAUCUCCUUCUUCUUCAACAACAACAUCAUCAAUCAAACAUGAUUACAGAGUUGGUGUUGUAGACUUAGACGCAAAGAAGAAAUCAUCAAUACCUUCAUAUUUUAAAAACGAUAAACUAAUUAUUGACACCUAUAAAAAUAAUAAUGAAAAUCAACAGCAAUCUGGUGGAGUACAUGUUAUCGCACCGAGAACUAUAUAUUUAUUUGAAUUUAAUAAACUAUUAAUUAAUCUCUUGUGUAUUCGCUUUUCAAAUAUUUAA